AUCAUAGGCGCUAUAUCUCCUCUGUUACUAUGGCUGCGGAUUUGUUUAAGUCAGCGGUAGUUCGGUCACGAUAAACUUUCAAAAUGGAGUCCGAAACACAACCCGAGCCUUCUGCCGAGGGUGAAUCUGAAAAACUUGUUUCCGAUGCGGCUUCUGAUGAAAAACCUUUGUCUGCAACCGGUGACGUAGGAGAUGGGGAUGGUCUCAACCUUGACGGACAGGAGAACGGUGAUGGUGAGGAGGGUCAGGAGGAAGGAGAGGAGCUGACAGAGGAUGCCGAGGCACUGAAGGAAGUAUUGGACACGAUCGUUGUGGUCCCUCCAGAGCCCGAAGUCCCAGUGCAGCCAGCAGAGAUAUUUGAUCCUGCUGAGUUUCCAUCUUCAUAUAAAGACAACUUACCAAAAGAACUGAUGGUCUUGCAGUAUUCUGACAACUUUAGGCGACAAUAUGUUCAUCUCUAUCGUGAUCGGAAACCUCUAUUGCUCAGUCCUGUGAACGAAUGUGGUGUUGAAAAAUUUGUGUGUACAACAAUCCGGCCAAGCCAGCUACCCUUCAAAGAAUUGUACAACUGGGAAGGAGCUGCGGAGUUUGUGUCAGACUAUCUCAACUUUGAGACGUUGGAUCCAUCAUAUGAACUGCCUACGAGACUCCUCUCUCCAGCUACAGUGCUGAAAAGACAGAAGGGAAAUUGCUUUGAGUACAGCACUUUGCUGUGCUCCCUGCUUAUAGCUGCGGGCUAUGAUGCCUAUGUGGUCAGUGGGUACGCCUCCCGGGAAACCUGCUUGGCUGACGAAUCAAGGGAAAUAUGCCCUUUGAUGAAGAAGAAAGAGGAGGAGAAAAAAGAAGAAAGGAAAAAGCAAAUCAAGAAAUACACAGUGAAGCCACCAAAGGAUCUUAGAAGCAGAUUUGAGCUGAAGAUGGAAGCGAGGCGAGUGGCGGAGGAAAAGGCAGAAGAGGAUAAGAGACGAGCUGAGGAGGAACAGAAGCAGGCGGAGCUGGAGAAACCUCCCCCAGAUCCUCUCCAUGGCCUGAGAAUCCAUUCGUGGGUUUUGGUACUUUCUGGCAAACGAGAAGUUCCAGAAAGCUUCUUCAUCGAACCUUUCACCGGUUUGUCCCACUCAACGGGCAGUGAAGCAUAUUUGGGUAUUGAGUCUGUGUGGAACCACCUCAACUACUGGGUCUGUAUGCAGGAUUGCUCGGAAGGAGUCCACAAACUCAGCUAUGAUCUCGGAGACUGCACCAUGUGGGAGUUCAUGUUCCCUGGAGUAGACAAAGCACAGCUGCUUAUUCCAGAGGCUGAGGAGGAUCCAUUGGACAACUUGGACGAUGAUGAGGACAAAGAGGAAGAAGAAGAUCAUUUGGACAUGCCCCCAUCUUGGGUUGAACCUCUUAGGUUGUCUCAAAAAGACUUUGAGAUGCGCUGCCCUCAUGGAAAGAAGACCAAGCUGUACAAGCGUGCCAAGCUAGAGAAGUUUGCUCACUAUCUCAUGACUGACGGCCUUGUCUCAAGACUGUCUGUGUUUGAGGACAAAGAAUUGAAUGAUCUGAAGAUGGUGAAGGAAUAUUAUGAACAUCGCUCUGAUAAGCUCAGCAUGAGGAUUCACAACCAUAGAACUGGCUGGGUGACAGAACAUUUUCUUGCUGGGAGGCCAAAGUGUGUCAAAGAACACUGCUACAAAGCCAGUGCUCCUGGGGCAGAAAAUGACCGCACCAUGAUCUUCUACGGUGAAGCACGGGUGGAUGGAUUGGUCAAGCGUGUAGAGACACCUGUAUCCAUGACUGAGCAGUACCAAAACAGAGAUGACUUCCAGUACUACAAACACAUUGAUUUUGGAAAGCGAGUGAAAAAAUUUGGACCACAAGAUGAAGUUGUGGCCAAUAACCCUCGACCAAUUGUGAAAAUGAUUCAAAGAUUUGAGCGCAAUCAGGCUAAGCCAGCAAAUGCUGACAUCAAGGAGCUGAUCUUCCUGGUAUCAGAAGACAAAAUUCAAAUCACAUACCAUACAGAAAGUAUUCAUAUUGCUUCAUCAAGCAGAGAAUACAUCAAGCCUCCAAACUGGGAUGAAAAAGGAGCAACUCUUUCGUGGUCACCAGAUAUGCACGGGACUUUCCAGGUGGAUCCUUCAGCUGAGCCCAGCAAACAGGUUGAGCUGUACCAGAACUUACUGCUUUUACUCAAAAUGGAGGAGACGUGCCGCGAGGGCGUGAGGGAAUCGGAAGAAGAGGUGAAAAAGAUCAUAGACGAUCGUCAAGCUGAGGAACUGAAGUCAGAGCUGGAUAUCUCUGUGUACGAUACCGAGAGAAAUGAAAAGGCAAAGAAACACAGACGAGAGCUGGAGCGCCAACAACUUGAAGAAAAGAUGAGGAAGCAAGAAAUGGAAAUUGACUACCUUGCUCCAUUCUUGGCCCAGAUGGGAGAUCCAGAGAAGAUUGCUCGCAACGAGGCCUUCAAACUGAAGGAAGACUGUCUAGCUGACCUCAAGCACCGACUUAUUGACAAGGCCAAUCUGAUACAGUCUCGAUUUGAGAAAGAAACACAGGAGCUGCAGAAGAAACAAGCGUGGUAUCAGCAAAACCAAGUGUCCAUGUCCAAAGAUGAUGAAGAGGAGUAUCUCAACUACUGUAGUGAAGCUAUGUUCAGAAUCCACAUUCUGGAGCUGAGACUCAAUAGACACAAGGAGAUGGCCCCUCAUAAGUACAUGGCGCUAGAGCAAAAACUGAGGACAGACCCACGGCUUGCAGAAUACUUUUGAGUUAAUCUUCCAUAAUUGGUUUCAGGUUAUUGUCAUCCAAACUUACGGUUACAGUUGGCAUAUCUCUUUUACACUGAUAGCAGUCUCUGAGAUAAUGGUAGGAAGUGUUUGAGAAGGUUAAAAAGUCUCUGUAUUGUCAUGCCUGACCCAUUUUUUCAAAACAGCUUUGUUUCUGAAACUAUUCAUGAGAAAAAAAAGGAGAGAAAGGAGUUCUGCUUAAAAAACUAAUGUAAACUUAUCAAACAUUUCUGUCAUGAUGAUGCUUUCUGUGUUAGUUAAAAUAUUUCAUAGUGUCAACAAAAUAGUCAUGUUUAUAUUGGUGAGUUGUUUUUGUUUUGAUUAGUGUAUUUUAUUUGCUUUUACUGAAAGAAGAAGGCAAAUGACUGAAGUUUAAACAGUCUUUAAUGAUAGUGACUUUAUUCAGCUGAUUAUCAACCUUAUAAAUUUCUAAUUUUAUUUUGGAAACACUAUCAGGAAUAAGUACUCUCUUGCAACAUUGUUGAAACUACUCUAUUCCAGUACUUUUCGUUUCUUCCUAUCUUGGUUGUCCAUUGGCCCUGUGUGUUGAUGGUAUUUGGAGUUGUUUUUGUUUUUUUCUGUGUUUUUUUUUCUAAGACUGGAAGAAAUCUGUACAUUUUUCAAUCUGAUGGACACUAUAUAUAUGCCUUUUCAAGUUCGAAAAAGUGAAAAUAUAUUGGUAGUGAAGCAUAUUAUGUGAUAUUUAUGUAAAUUUUCAUAUAAUUUGAACCUGGGAACAAGUAAAGUCAACAGAAUCGUGCCUUUGAUUUUCAUUCCACAUUGUUACAGCAUCUAUAUUCAACCAUGGGUUCAAGUUCCUUAGAUGUAGAGAUGACAAACAUACGAUUCUCUUAUUGUAUCAUAUUCAUGGAAACUGUGAUAAUGCAGUGAGCAUUUUUUAUCUUGUCUACAUAAAAUCUAAAUUAUGUGAAUAUGCAAAAGUGUGAAUGAAAACUAUUGUUCCAGAAUUGUUGUUACCCUGGGAAAUGAAUAAAUCUCAGAGAACAGCUCUGACCAAGAUUUUUA